AUGUCGUCAGUCGACAGCAGCCCAGGUUCAGAGAAUGACCUUUCUCUGCAGCCUGAUGACUUGCAUGCCUACAGUGCCAUCGAGAUGAUGCACUACCAGGCCUACACUUCCAAGAAGGAUGGAAAGGCCACCAAACCAAAAAUCCAAAAACCAAAGAAAAAGAAUUUGACUUUCAAGCGGUCCAAGACUGACAAGCACAGAUCGUCAGCUGAGGACUGGGAGACUGAUGCUUUUUGCUCUUCUACCUCCACUACGAGCACUUUGCCGUGGAGAAUUGCCAAGGCUCUCAUGGCGAUGAUGACAAUGAUGAUCGCCACCGCACACUCUGACUUCCGAGAUUUGAUCAGAGGUGAACAAGUGGAUGUGUGGGAAAUGUUUUGUGCCCCACAAAGCUGGCUCACAAGCGCCUGCCAAGAACAAGGCCUAUGUUGUCAGCGGAUCAACUUGGAGAACAAUUUCGACGUGUAUCGCAAGGAGACCUACUCUGCUUUGCGUGAGAAACGUGAUCGUGAAAAACCAAAAAGGAUGUGGUUAUCAACAAGAUGCACAUACUGGUGUAGUUGGACAGCCCUGAACUACAACACUGAAGAGAAACGUGCCAAACUGGAAGCCUAUCGACGGAAAGAGCGUGCCAUGUUCCGUCAACUGGUUCCCUUCCUUGAGGAGUCUGUGAUCCUGGAUGAAUCCUUAGAACUCUUUUGGGAAUGGCCAACAAGAUGUGCUGGUUGGGAAGAACCUAUGUUUCUAAGGCUUCAAGCUUUUCUUCAGCGUUUGGGCAAGCCACUAUACUUUCGUAGAGUGGAUGGUUGUCGAUAUGGUUUACGGUCGUCAAAUGGUGGUUUCUUGAAGAAGUCAUGGACUAUAGCCACAACAUCGGAAUCCUUCUACAACAUCUACAAGACAAAGGUCUGUGUUGGAUCCCAUGAACAUGAUCAUGUACAGGGCUUGGAAACCUCACGUUCUGCAUACUAUCCAUGGAGAAUGGUUGUCUCUUUUGCACAAACAUGGCGAUCAGAACUGUAUCCUGAUAAACGUCUUCAUGCUCUACAUGCUCCAGCUCCUCACAUGUUGUCCUCUGUAGAGAUGCAUGAACAACUUGAACUGUUGGCUGGUGAUGAAAUAGUAGUAGAUGAUGAAGAACGUGAAGGUGAUGUUGUACCAGCCGUUGAACCAACAGCAGCAGAAAAACGAAAAUGGGAAGCACAACUUCAAAAAUACCACCGUGCGGCAGGUCAUCCAAACAACUUCAAUUUGGCCAGAAUCUUGAAGGACGCUGGCAUGCCCCGAUGGAAGAUCGAAACUGCACUCCAGCUGAAGUGUGGAGAUUGCUCGGCGUUGAAGUUGGGCGGCAUAUCCAGUGGAAAAAUACCACCAGCUUCUCUGCGUCCUCUUCCACGUGCAUGGGAGGUCGUAGGUCUUGACUGCACUGAGUGGAUACCACCUGGCCUUGCCGACAAAUACAAGAUACUUGUCAUGAUGGACCUGGCGACAAAGUUCAAAAACACCGUGGUAUUGAUGAAGUACGGUCCCAAGGAGAUGAAAACAGAGUCUCAAGAUCAGAUUCUUGAUGCCUUUUGCAAGCACUGGCUGGCAACAAAGCCGAAGCCUCAAGUGCUGAUUCCUGACAAUGCCAAGACGAUGGUCGGCGAGAAAUGUCGCAUGAUCUUCUCCGACCUCAAUAUCCAUUUAGACCCUCUAGCUGUGAAGGAGUCCUGGGCACAUGGCCUUAUGGAACGAGCUGUGCAAGAGACCAAGAAUGUGGCUUCGAAGGUGCACUUAUCCAAUCCUUCACUGGCACCUGAGACUUCACUAGCACUUGCAACUCAUGCCAUGAAUGCUACAGAACAUGUAAGUGGUUAUACUCCUUUGCAAUGGGCCUAUGGUCAACAGUUUUCCUUCAGCGAUGAGGAUCAGAGCACUAUGUCACGGCUGAUGCCUACGGCAAAAGACCGAGACUUCACUCAGCUCAUGGCCAAUCGCUCCAGUGCUGAGGACAUUGCGCGAAAGGUGCGAGCUCAGUCUGCAUUGGGGAAGUAUGGAGAAAAUAUGCAGCUGAACAAGGCCCUAGAGGAACCCACCGAAGAUGAUGAGGAUGCCCCAAAUUUACCAUUUCGACCGGAUCAGUCCACUAUGUCUUUCAAGCCCAAAUUCCGGCACAAUAUGAAAUCUGGUCCAUAUGUUGGUGAAUUAGGUGAUCGUGCUGCGUCUUCACAGCAACCGGCUCAAGCUCUUCCUCCAGUUCCUGAAGAUGAUGAUCUUAAUUUGAAAGCACCCGUCAAUGAGUACUCUCCUGGUACUCCACUGCCUGAUGAUGUUGAAAUUGAUGAUGAUGUUGAAGACAAAGAUGAAGGUUUAGGCAGUGGUCUUCCAACUUUAGAAGAACGUGCAACGGGUCAGCCUUCAGCUUUUCGUUUGUUAGAGGAGUCCAGCAAACGUAUGAGCUCAGCAGGUGAUGAAGCUGAUUCCAAACGACCAAAACUGGAAGAUGCGGAAACUUUGCUUUUCAACUGUUUAGAUGUUUGCGAAGCAGCCUAUGUUUUGACGGUGGAGCUUGACCUUACCUCCAACCGAGAAAAGAAGAAGUUCCUGAAGGUGGUGUGCUCCGAAUCCUGA